UUUAGUUUUGAAAAGAAAAAGUCAUAACCAAACACUCUCAAUAAAUUCAAACUUGAUCAAACUUCUCUUUUAUUAUCAUCUCUCUGGAGCAACACAACUGUAAUGGCAGAACAAGAUCUCAAUAACAGGAGCAACACGAUACCAAUUAUAGGAUCUGAGUUUGUUCGUCCUCAGCCUUCAGAUCUUACCAUCAUCGGAGACACGGUGAAGGAUGCCAACGGAAACAAAGUAUUCAAAGUCAAAACGCCUCUCUUCGGUCUCCACAACAAGAGGAUUUUGCUUGAUCCUAACGACUCUCCCAUCGUCACCAUGAAAAUGAAGGUGACUAGUAAGCACGAUCGAUGGCAAGUGUAUAGAGGAGGUGAUUUAGAUGAUAAGAUAUUCACGGUUAAAAGAUCCUCAUCGGUCCAACUAAAAACAAGAAUUGAAGUAUUCUUGAAACAUAACCAGACCAAAGAAGCGUCUUGUGAUUUCACUAUUAAAGGUCGGUUUAUGAAGCGUGCAUGCACAAUCUAUGUUGGAGAUUCAACGAAGAAAGUAAUCGCUCAGGUACAUGAAGGAGAUGAGAGACUAGUGGCUACGGUUUACCCUAAUGUCGACUGCGCUUUUAUUGUUACACUUAUCUUUAUAUUUGACCUCAUUAAUAUGGCUGGAACUGGGGUAUGAUUGUUAUUUUGAGAGCAAGUGUGGUCUUCGUAUGUGUAAGAGAGUGUAAUAUUGUCAUACAUUUGUGUGUGUUUUACAUGUGUAAAUGUCAAUCACCACUA